AUGAGUACACCAAUCUCAACCACACCUUCGACUCGAUCGUCGUGGAUCGUGAUCGCGCUAGCCAGCGGCGCAUUCGCCGCCCUGAAUGGACUCUUUGCAAAGCUAGACGACGUCCAGGGGUACAGCUCCCCGUCGUACCUGCAUCCAGACCCUCCCCGCUUGCAGUGUGUGCUCUUGCCCGUCUCGACUUCAAAAGUCACACAAGGUGCUAACGAUCCCUCCCCUCCUCUCACUUUCAGAACGACCGACACUCACACCACUGCCUUCGCUCAAUCCAUUGCCCACCUCUUUGGGCUCGAGUCCUCAAGCUUCCUAGAGCUCCUGGUCCGUGGCCUCUGUCUCGGUCUCAAUGUCCUCUGUAACAUCAUCAUGUGGGCACUAUUCACCCGCGCUCUGACGGCCGGACCGUCCACCACCAAAGUCUCGAUCACAAACACCUCGGCCAACUUUUUGAUGACGGCCUUAUUGGGGAUGGUCAUCUUUCGGGAAUCGGUCGGGGGGCUGUGGUGGCUUGGGGCGGCAAUGAUGGGUGCUGGUUGUAUAUUGGUUGGGAUGCGUGAAGGAGCUUGA